UUUUUAUUGCAAUAUAAAUCUACCAGGGUUGGUCAUUUAAACAUGAAGUACGAUCAUUUAUUAUUUGAAAGCCGUUUUGAAUGUGGUAAUCUACGAAAAGCCAUCCAGGUUGCACCUCUUUAUUACCAGCUUGUCCUCUCACCGGAUAUUAAUCAGACUACUGCACAUUAUCAGUGGUUUUACUUUGAAGUUUCAAAUAAUCAGGCUAAUUUGUCAUACACUUUUGAAAUAAUCAAUUGCCAUAAAACUGGAUCUAUGUUUUCGCUUGGAAUGCAACCAGUUCUUUUCUCUGUCGCCGAUAAUUGUGAGAAUGGAACAGGUUGGGUUCGUGCAGGCACAUCCAUUUGUUAUUACCGUAAUUUAUAUUGCAAUAAUUCUCUUUCACCCGUGAAAAAGGAGAAACAGUUAAAACGAUUUUAUUCAGUUCGUUUCAAUUUGAUUUUUCGGCAUCAAGCUGACGUUUCUUAUAUAGUUUUUGUUUAUAUUUCUCAUUUAUUCUUAAUUUAUAUAGUAAACAAAUUUUGUUUAAAUUUUUCAUUAAUUUAUAAAUUCUUUGGAUCAAAAAUAGUUCAUCCAGGCGAAUGUAAUUCCAGUUGGAUUAUGCAUGGUAUUCUCUUAAAACCAAAAGCGGUUAAAUUACGAGAAAAUUUUAUUUUCAAAUUGAUUCCAAUGCUUAAUCCGGAUGGCGUUAUCCAGGGUAAUCAUCGCUGCAAUCUUGCGGGUGUUGAUUUGAAUCGUGUAUGGGAUCAUCCAAAUAAACAACUUCAUCCAACAAUAUAUCACGCCAAAGGAAUUAUUCAGUUUAUGGUUGAAAUUCUAAAUAAGCGACCAUUUAUCUUUGUUGAUCUUCAUGGUCAUUCGCGACAAUCAAGUGUAUUUUUAUAUGGUAAUAAUCCAGCAGAAUCAUGGUACUCUGGUGAUCGUGCUACCGAAGGCAAGCAAGAAUUCAUUUUUCUUCCAAAGAUUCUUGAUAAAACAUCCAAAGGAUUUUGCUUGUCGAAUUGUCGCUUUAAUAUAACGAAAUCGAAAGAGUCAAGUGCUCGUGUUACUGUUUGGCGUCAGUUUGGUGUUACUAGGUCCUAUACUAUGGAAUCGUCUUAUUGUGGCUUUGAAUCAGGUUGUUAUGCAGGCUUGCAGAUUGGAAUCACUGAACUGAAGGAAAUAGGACGAGACCUUUGUGAAUCACUCCUUUGCCUUCGUAAGAUUAUUAAUGAAUAA